AGGCGCUGUGUAUGGCUUCAGGUGAACGUGCACACUGCGCCUGCUCAGAAGGCUGACUUGUCAAAGUACGUGCGCGUGCACGAACUGUUGCAAAACUUCUCCAUGCAACAUGCUACAUUGUAGCGUGUCGGUGUAAAAAAGUUAUAGACUUUGAAAUGUAGCGUAGUCUACAAUUGGUCCCAGUCGACUCGCCCCCUGAUCUGGAAAAGCAAGUAGUCCACACAUGUGACCAGUGCGCACUUCAAUCCAGCGGGAUGGUUUCCACUUUGGGAAAGCGCCUGGUGGCUUGUCUGCUCAAUGUGUCUGAAGCCCGCAGAAAAGACCUUGUUGUCAAGGUAGCCCAAGCAGCCAUCACUAACAGCAAUGGAGGCUGGCGAGCUGGGACCACCGUGCUCAACAUCUUCAACGACUUUGACUACAACCGCUCAGUCAUCACAAUUGUUGCCAGCAUUGACCAUAUCCGGGAAGCCGUACUGUCUGCCUGUGAGCAGGCAUGUGGCCUUAUCGACAUGAGUGGCCACUCUGGGGUGCAUCCAUGCCUGGGUGCGGUUGAUCUGGUGCCACUGUACCCGCUCGGAGAGGAGGUGAACCUGGAGGACUGCGCCAGAGAGGCCAAAGCCCUGGCCUCGGAGCUGACACAGCGAGUGGAGGGGACCAGUGCAUUUUUCUUUGGCUGGGCCGAUACGCCCCAGAGACGGGGCCUGGCGCAGCGCAGGAAGGAAAUGGGCUGGUUCAAGAAGGAUCCAAACAUGACCAGCGUCCAAGCAGACCUGGGACCACCACCUCAGAAACGAUUCGGCCUGACAGGUGUCGGGGCAAGCCCGUAUGUGAUGAACUGCAACGUGACCAUCGGCACCCAGGAUCUGGCCCUGGGUCGGCGCGUGGCAGCCGCCCUCCGCGAGUCUAGCCCCGGCGGCAUCCCUGGGGUGCAGGUCCUGGCCCUGCCACACGAGGGCGAGGUGGAGAUCGCCUGCAACGUGGAGGCCAUCCAGCAGGCUGCGUUCAAGCCUCCUCCUCCACCUACCCCUUCCUCUGUAGCUGGUAGUGGAGCCUCCUCCUCCCCUUCUUGGCCCUCUUUCAACAUCGGGGGCCAGAUUUACUGCCACGCGCCCGCGUCCCUCAUCACGGCACGGGUGGCAGAGCUGGCAGGACGGGACGGGGUCGCAACCAAGGGGACGGCGCUGGUGGGUUUCACCCCUGUGGAGUGCCGGGGCCUGGCAGAGCAGGCUCUGUCUCUGGGCAUUGGGGAGUUCUGGAAGGAACGGAAGAAAGUGCACAUGUGAUUAUCCAGUGAUGUAUAAUGGACUUAAAGUUGUUUUUUGUUGAGACUUGUGGUUUAGUGAAGGGACCAACAUGCAACAUUGUACCAUCUUUGCACUUUUUUGGUUCGUUAGCUCUGUUUACAUAAUGUGGGCUAAACCUGGUGCUUUGAUGGAAGACUGACCAAGACUCACAGGCAAAAGAAAGAAGAAUUUCAUGAAGAACAGUGUUAAAAAUCUUAAAAUAAUGCAAUUUCUCUUUUUCUUUUAACUGUACUUUUGUGAAUGUAAGAUCUGUAAUGUUGCCUGGAAGUCAGAGCAGUACUGUACAGUAAAUGCCAAAUCUAAUUUUA